AGGCGAGGAGCCACAGCAUUGACCCAGCGGGGUCCCACUGUCCCACACGACGUGGCCCCCAGCACCCCGACCCACUGGUGAUGCAGCUCCAGCCCCACUCCUCCUCCUCCUCCUCGCCGUGCCCCUGAGGGGAGGCUGAGCCGCUUGUCCCCCUCCGCAGCCCCAAACUCGCCCACGGCGCAGCCAGGACGGCAGUGAUGGAGCAAGCUAUUGCACAAAAUGGAUCACACGAGUUUCUCUGAGAAGUCCGUGAAGCGCUGCUGUCAGCUCCAGGCAUGGUGUAAAUCACAGAGGCAUCCCAACGGGUAUAAAUUCUCCGGCUGAUAAGCUGCAGCAACAGAGAAAUUUCUCCGACAGCCUGGCAAGAGUGGAUAUUUGGAUCCCAGGCAGCAAACAGCAUCAACCCUCAGCUAAGGCGUUAGCUGAACCAUGACCGACGAGCCUGUGCGGAAGGACAGCGAGGUCAGACGCCUCAGCUCCAGCAUGGGCUGCGGACACAAGGAUGACAAAGCCAGCCUGGCCUCCAGUCAGAUCGCGUCUUUCAGCCCCCAGCCUCAUCGCCCCCCCUCCGCUCCUGCCUCCAAGGAAGUGUGGAAGAAAGGUGGCCGCAUGUUCUCCAUCCUGCUGGCCGUGCAUUUAGCCCUGCUGGCCUGCACGCUGGUGAGCAGCGGGGCUUUUGAGAAGAUCGCCGUGCACGAUUAUGAUGUCUUCUUCCUGCUGACUGUCCUGAUGCUGAUAGUCAUCGCGUGGAUCAUCUUCUACCUCGCCAGCACCUCCCGCUGCCCAGACGCCAUCCCCUGCAGAGACUCCCACGCUGGGCCCGUCUGGCUGAGAGGAGGCCUGAUCCUGUUUGCCAUUUUCAGCCUUGUCAUGGACGUGUUCAAAAUAGGAUAUUACUCGAGCUUCUACAGCUGCCUGUCGGCAAUCAAAAUAAUCUACCCCAUUGUGCAAGCAAUAUUCGUGGUCGUCCAGACAUACUUCCUGUGGAUGUCUGCCAAAGACUGCGUCCAUGUCCACCUGAACGUCACCAGGUGCGGCCUGAUGCUGACACUGACUACAAACUUAGCAGUGUGGAUGUCGGCUGUGACAGAUGAGUCCGUUCACAAAGCGCAUUCAAAGUUCAGGAAAAACGUGACAGAAGAACUUUUCAGAUGGCUCCUGAAAGUGGGAAUGAGAAGUAGCUCAGCCGACGAGUGCAACUGCAACAGCCAAAUCUGCCAGGUCUUCAAUAAUGGCUACUUUUGGCUGUACCCCUUUAACAUUGAGUACAGUCUCUUUGCCUCUGCCAUGGUCUAUGUCAUGUGGAAGAACGUUGGACGCUUCAUAGACCACCAUUCCCACCACAUUCACCGCCUGAAGUUCAGGCUCUUCCAAAGGACCUUCUUUGUGGGCAUCGUGUUGGGCCUCAUCAUUCUGGUGAGUGGUUUGGGAGUCCUUAUUCUUUAUGAGGUGCAGAUAAAUUCCAGCACUGAAUCCAGCAAGAAGAGCCAAGCUCUCUCCAUGUACUACAUCUUCAACAUUGUUUGCCUGGGCCUGAUGUCUCUUGUCUGCAUUGGUGGCUCUGUCAUCUACCGGUUUGACAAGAGAGACAUGGAUCGGCACAAGAACCCAACCAGGACCUUGGACGUAGCCCUGCUGAUGGGUUCAGCCUUGGGGCAAUAUGCCAUUUCUUACUACUCCAUUGUGGCCAUCGUAGCCAGCACACCAAGGGACGCUGUCAGUGCGCUCAACCUCACCUAUGCCCUCCUAAUGAUUGCCCAGCACACCUUCCAGAACAUCUUCAUUAUCGAAGGCCUUCAUCGGCAACCCCCCAAGGAAGACCACAGGCGCGAUUCUCACCAGAAGGAUCUCUAUGGACUCACCUUUGCCAACAUCAACGCAGUGUCCCUCCGUGUGCCCGACAGCGGCAGCACCUUGGCCUCCACCACUGCCUCUGGAGCUGAAGGCAUCCAUUCUUCUGACUUCAUAAGGUCCCUCACUGCCCCCAAGAUGAACUGGAGGAGGAAGUUCUUACGGGAGAUCUCCAUGUUCCUCCUGCUGAGCAAUAUCAUACUCUGGAUCAUGCCAGCGUUUGGUGCUCGGCCCCAGUUUGACAAUGACACGGAACUGAACUUCUACGGUGAUUCCAUGUGGCCGGCCAUCGUGGACAUCUGCCUGCCCUUUGGGAUCUUCUACCGAAUGCACGCAGUGGCCAGUUUGCUGGAGGUCUACAUCAUGUCCUAAAGAACUGUCUCAAAAGGAAGAUGAGAUCCUCCUCAACCCAUCCAUCUUCUUCCUACCCCAGGGCUGAGAGACUGCGCAGAUGUCCUGAGGGGUCCCUGGCACUGCCUGAAUCAUGUCCCCUUGCAGUGCUGGGGUAUUUAUGAACUGCCGGUGAUGAUCAUCCAAACAUAGCCCAGAUUUUAUUUUUGCUACUUGUGUGUGGAUGUGCAUGUGUGUGUCUGAAGUUCUUAAAGCUUAAAAGAAAGAAGAUAAAAAAAAGAAGACGUCCAGAGUAGGAUCAUGGUAAUUACCCUUGAUUCAGGCAGAGACUCACCUUCCUUCCCAAAAGCCUGUCACCCCGUGCCAUGACGUCCUCUCCAGUGGGUGCUCAGCACACUUGGACGGUCCGUGCCCAUCUGUGUGCAGAGAUAUGGUGGGUGCGAGGGGCUAACGCAGGCGUGGAAGGCAAUGAAAGGAAAACCACUUCAUCUGGUAUGGCCAGUUGGAAAUCACUCCCCUGCAGAGAUGUGAAAAACAAAACCAGUGACCACCGAAGGCUUUGGGAAACGUUUUAGUCUUUCCUCUCUGUAUUGCUCAUUUAUACUGGCCACACUGACCCUGGCCUGCACCAGACCCCGCUGCUUCCCUUGCUCGCCAGGGAGGUGUCACUGCAGCCUCCUCCUGCAGAGGAACAGGUUGUCCCCAUGGGGAGCUGUGCACAUGGUCCUGGGCAGCCCUGGCACGGGAUGCCUCCAAGCACACUUUUUUUCCACAGUUUUCCUGAAUCAGUGCUAAAGAGCCAUAAAGAUUGUACGGGCAAUACAGUCUGGGGAAUGAUGAAGAGAUUUAUUUUAAUCUUUUUUUAAGAAUGAUUUUUUUUAAAAAAUAUGAAAAUUUUUGUAUGCAAAAUUAUUUAUUGAUUUCUCUACCACUGAACUUCUGAAGGGACUUUCUGUGCCCUGCAACACAGAAAUCAACCCAAUGCCACGGCCCAUUUGACACCCCACGCCCUGAAGGGAUGUUUGUGCUGCACCCCACAGCCGGUGUGGGCUCUGAGGCUGUGAGCACAGCCCUGGCACCCAGCACCCCCAUACAUGGGGGUCCCAAAACAGGCUCCUGGGUGCCUGAAGCUCUCCAUGAACCACAGAUUGGUUGAGGGGGCUUUCAGAGCAGGACUCCUGGGCUGCAGAAGGUAGAAAUGGGCCCUUCUGCUGCAUCCAGAGUCCAAGGGGAGCCUCAGAAAUGCCACCCCAUCCAGGGGGGUGUGCGUGCCAAAAUUGCACAGCUGAGCUUUGUCUGUACCCUGAGACAAGUAACUGUUCCAAUAAAGGGUUUGUUGUUUCAUCGGGUUUAUCGUUCCAAUAAAAAACACUGUAGAGGUGGCAGAA